AUGACUGCUUCAAAUUCAUCAUCAUUUCUUUUUUCACUUCUCGUUGCUCUUUUAUUAUUUGCAUCAAUGCAAGUAUUUCGUACACAAAUUUCAGCAAGUCAACCAAUGACAAUUGCUGGAGGAUUUGUUGGUUCAUUAAUAUUUGUAUCACUUUUAACGGCUAUAAGUAAUUUUGAAAUGAAUACAUUUGGAGAACAUUUUCAAGCACGAGUUUUUCCUGAAGUUGUUAUCAGUCUGUUUGUUUCGGUCAUAUGUUGCGCAUUUGUUCAUCGAGUUUGUGUAACAACUUGCAUAAUCUUUUCAUUAAUUGCGCUUUAUUACAUCAAUCGUAUUUCAACAACGACAUAUGGAACACCAGUCGGAGGACCAACUGGUUAUGCAACGCAAAAGAAACAAAAAUAG